UUAAAAAGCGCGCGCCGCUCGCUCCGGUCCUGCAUUCCCACGAAGAUGUCGUCCUCGCCAUCACCAUCGUCAUCAUCGAGAUGGACAUCGUGUCUCAUCUUGCUGCAGGUCCUCAACCUCGCGAUCGCAGCAACCCAAAGCGCAGAUCACGUAACAGAAGAUCAUAGAUAUUGGUUAGAUCUGGGAAGAGAAGAUAUAUUGAGGGCUUUAUCAGAGCAACGAAAUACGGGAAUCGCGAAGAAUGUGAUACUCUUCGUUGGGGAUGGUAUGGGGUUGUCCACGGUGACUGCAGCUAGGAUUUAUGGAAAGACUGAGCGCGGACGUUUGGCUUUCGAAAACUUUCCCAACAUAGGCACUCUUAAGACAUAUUCAGCAGACAAAAUAGUGCCGGACUCUUGCAGCACAGCCACGGCCCUCUUCAGCGGAAUCAAAGCUAACCAGAAGACGUCUGGGGUGGAUUACCGGGUGGUUGUCGACGACUGCGAAGCUUCCUUGAAACCGGAAAACACUAUAGACAGUAUGUUCGUAUGGGCAAAAGAGGCUGGAAAGAGCACCGGUUUCGUGACGACAACUCGAGUAACACACGCCACACCGAGCGCCCUUUACGCGCACACCUCAAACAGGAAUUGGGAAUGCGAGGACAAGAUUCCAAAAAAUGCGGCCGCCUGCAAGGACAUCGCCAGGCAAUUGGUUGAGGAUCUCCCAGGCAGGGACAUCAACGUGAUCAUGGGCGGAGGCAGACAAAAUCUGCAAUCCAACGUGGUGGGAAGCGAUGCUGACCCUAUAGACCCUUGGAGCUGCUACAGCAAAGACGGAAGGGAUUUGAUCGCCGAUUGGACUGCCGACAAGAACGUACGCAAUUUCAAGCACAGAGUUGUGCAGAACAACGAAGAAUUAGCUGGUGUAGAUCAUUCGGAAGAGUUUCUGCUCGGAGUGUUCGCCAACGGACAUCUGAAGAUGGAGCACGAGAGGGAUCAAGGACCCAAGGGAAUGCCUUCGUUGCGCAACAUGACAGAAGCUGCGAUCAAGAACUUGAUGAAAAACCCGGACGGCUUCUUGCUGAUGGUGGAGGGCGGAUUGAUCGAUUUCGCCCAUCACAGAGGACACGCGAAGCAAGCUCUCAGCGAAACGAUGGCCUUCAACGAUGCCAUCGAACGCGCCUUGGAAUUAACAAAAGCUAAAGCUUCGGAAACUCUGAUCAUCGUGACCAGCGAUCAUUCGCAUCCUCUGGUGAUCAGCGGUUACGCGGACAGAAGCGUCCCGAUAACAGGAAUCGCCCAGAAUUCCAAAUUCGAUGGGGUGCCGUACACCACGUUGCUCUACGGCACCGGCGGUCCGGACAACUACAAGUUCUUCGUUAAUCAAUCCUCUGUAGCGCGCGAGAAUCCCGCUCUCGUCAACACGGAUGAUAUCAAUUACGCUCAGCAGGCUGCAAUUCUGACAGAUGAAGUAGCGCACGAGGGAUCAGACGUUCUCGUCUACGCCACAGGUCCGAUGGCUCACCUCUUCCACUCCGUCCACGAGCAGACCUACGUUGCUCACGUGAUCAGCUACGCUUCCGGGAUUGGUCCGCAGUCAGGCCGCAACGACGGGCACAGAUCAUCAAUCUCGCACCACGUAAUCGCCGCAGUCCUAUUGAUUCCGCUGUGGAGCUUAACCGGCUAAAGUUUCUGUUGUUUUAGGCGAAAAAUAGAAAGUUUUAGUCAAUAAAUAAGGCUACUCUUGAAAGCGCAGAUCCUUAAAAACAAGCACGACACAACACACACUGCAAAGCAAACAUAUGACACAACCAAGGACAUACGUCUGUUUGUUUAUUUUCUUUAAAUUUUUUUUUAGAAACAACCAAUCACCAUGACUACUUUAAACCAAUCAAAUUAAUUGGAAACACGACACGAAGAAGAUGAUUUUGAAACAAAACUUACACAUUUCCAG